CAGGGAACUCCUGCCAUUCAAACCCUUGUGGAAAUAAUUCAGCUACAUGUGUUUCUUUAAACACUACUUACACCUGCGAGUGCCAAUAUGGAUACUACUAUAAGGAGGACAAUUGUUACAAUGGUCAAAUAUACCCAGGCAGCAUCAUAAUGAGCAUAUCUUACCAUAAUAAUUUUCAAACUGUAAAUUCUGAAGAUUAUGAAAAGCUGUUCAAGAAUUUAUCAGUUUUUUUUAAGACUGCCUUCCUAGAGUCAGACGGCUAUGAACAGACCAUAGUCGUGAACAUUCAACCUUUAGAAAAAAGCAGAUCUCAACGAAUAAAUGUAACAGUGACACAUCUGUUUACGCAAGACUCAGCUGAGAACAGUAACUCAGUUUUUAAGGCAGUAGAAACAGCAAUUAAAACAUCAGGAAAGGAUUUUAAUAUCUCUGAAUACCAAGAGGCAUCUUAUUGUGCAGCUUUUCAAUGCGAUACUGAAACCACAACAUGUCAAGAAGACAUGUUUCCAGAAUGCGCAUGCAAAAGUGGUUUAAAAAAGACAAAAUGGGAUGAUCGUUCUUGCUCAGAUUGCAGUGAUGAGUGUUCUGCAGAAAACAAAAAGUACUGUGCAAAAGAAAAAGGGGUUCCAAAAUGCAAAUGUUUGCCUAACUUUGACGAGAAGGAAGGAAAAUGUGUAGCUUGUCCGGUGGGAUUCUCUGGGGAGAGGUGCACUGACAAUACUGAACUCAUCCUUAUAAUAGUGGGUACAGUGUUUGGAGCCAUUAUCCUGAGUUUAGUGAUAGCAGUCUCUGUUCUUGCAGUAAGAGUCAAAGACAAACAACAUCCAGAGAAGAAGAGCCUGAUAAAGCCUGAAUAUCUCAGCUCAAGUAUCUCUGAUGAUAGACCGAGCAUGAUGUUUCCCAGAGUCCAGACCACUUCUGGCCAUGCAAACCCAGGAUAUCAGCCAAACAACCCAUAUGAUAGGCAUUCCACAAAUAGAGGUCAUUUUUCAGGGAGGAAUUAUGAUGAUUUGUACGAACCAUCACGGGAGCCUGAUGGCUUUAGGAUGCAGAGAAGAUAUUAA